UCCGUUUCCACACGCACCGACAGCUGUGUACGUAUCUCCUGGAGGAAUUGACAUCAACUCAAAAUGACAUUCUUCGGCAAAUGUGACCCCAAAUUCCUACCUGUUCCAGAGGAUAAACGUAUCCUGACACAAGCAUUUUUAGACGCUUCACGGCAGCUGUUGAUAUUCUUUGACAAGAUGGGCAAAACCUUCAUACUUGUGAAGAAUGAUGUUGCCGGGAAUAUUGAGAAAAUUGACAAGAAGUUCCAGCAGGACACAGUCAAGUACAGCACACUGAAUGCCAUUUUGGAAGAGAGCAAAACUGGGGGGGAUAAAGUCUUAGUGAAUGCCCAUAUAGGUGCCAUCUGGUUAGCUCAUGGGUUGGACUUUAUACACGAAAUGCUGAGGCUACUCAUUGAAGAUCAUGAAAAUGGAACUAAAAGUGAAAACGUCCGUGACUUUGUGAUGGGAGCCUACAAACUUACAUUGGAUAAAUAUCACAACAUCAUCAUGAGGACCCUUUUCAAGCCACUAUCUGCUGCUGCCCCAUACAGGAGGGAUCUGUUCAAAGUGCUGCGAGACUCUGACGACAUCACAGACGACAUGAUAAUAGCAGAUGCCAAGGAAUACAUUGUAUCAUUGGGAGACAAUGUUAAGACUCUAGAGGCCACUAUCAAAGACCUCGGAGUCAAGGAAUAAACAUACCUGUGUCACAUGACCAACACAUGCUCUCUGUCACAAAUAUACAAUAGGAAUACAAAAAGUGGCAGCUAUAUCCUAAUCAUGUAAUACCCAUGCUCAUGGGUUUCACCAACGUGGUAAAUGUCUAAGACCUGCAUCACUUCGGGCUUUCUACCCACAUUAAGCUGACACUUCGUGAUAUAACUGGAAUGCUGUUCAAAGUGACGUUAAACCCAACUCACUCACUCAGUGUUUAUCUGUGUGUCUUUGGAACUUAAAUAAAACGUUUUUCGUAUUCUGACCAUUAAUGUAUAAGCCUAGCGCUGAGAUCAUUUUGUGAAAGUUGAUUCAGGAUGCCGAGACUAAGUGUCAGUUGUGUUACAGAGACGAGUCAGCGCGGAUGUGAACUCACUCACUCACUCACUCAAGCACGCAAUCACUCACUCACUCAAUCACUCAAGCAUGUAAUCACUCAAACCUUACAAUGGGGCGCUAACUUUCAGCCGCUUGCAAUCGUACCAAUCACUGACUGUGGUCGCUUCGCUCUCAAACCAAAAUGGUAGCUAUGUUCGAUAGCGAAACAAGAAAUUCUUGACUGCAUUUUCUUUUCAAAAUGGGCAAAGGCAGCAAACACUCCAUCCUCCUCAGUCUGCUCCACAUCUUCAAAGUAGUCAUAACUUCAUCAGCUCAUCAUAGAGCCUCUUCUGUAACAUUCUUCAUUAGGGCAAGGCAACCAAGCGGAAGUUGCGCCGCCAUUUUGAAAGAGUGCACAAGCGCUUCGAACUGUUGCAGACCCAAGUAUUAGCGAAUAAUUUGCUUACUCUAAGCGAUUCGUGGCUUGCAAAACGCCCCUACUGUGAGUGAUGUCAUGUGACAGGUUUGGGCUCGUAGACUCAGGUUUGGGCACAGUCUUCAAACGCGUCUUUAUUGCACACAAGGCACUGAAUACAAAGAUUAGAUCUGCACUGCAUAGGCGCAAGACCACAGAGCCGUGUCUCCCUUGAAUUAAGAAAAUGUUUUUGCAGGUAACUUGAAUACUUAGAUGUUUGUAGACGUGAGUGUCCUGACACUACACUGGCAGUAUGUGGCUUAUUGUUAUCUGUGUAGAGAGAGUGCUUGUGGUCAGUGUGAUGUGGUCAAUUUGGGUGACACACUCUAAUAGACAUAUUAUGUUUGGGUGAUUCUUUCUUAUUGGGUUUAUUUCAGUACAAAAAGAGUUAGACAAAACUAUUUUUUAUAUUCCUGUGUACAGUUCGACCACUAAUUUAACUGAUGCAAAUAACUUCUUCCUCAUAAAAUUUAAAAAAUCAAGCUAUACAAUUGUUUUUUUAAAUUAUUUUGACUGGCCCAAGCUAAAUAUUUGACCAUAAAAAUGAAAAUGAAAAAAGGGUUUUGUAAGUCUUUAAACCUUCAUUAAUAAAAGAAAGUGUAUUGAGUUGAGUACAUUUUUUAAAUAUACAUGAAUAUUUUUGGGGUUAUUUUUUUGUAGUGAAGACUGAUAUUUUAUAAAACAUCCCCCAAAAACUUUUUGGUUCAGUAUAUGAUUAAAUUCAUGUUUACUUAGCUGUUACAAUUCCAUGUUUUCAGAACAUGUCACCCAAAUACAUCCUUAGCUUUAGAUAUGGACUUCCACUACUCAUCAGGUAUAUUUGCAUCAAACAAUGUACACUACUUGCAGCGCUGUCCAGGAAACUGGCCUUCACACUUAUUAAUCAACUGAAUGAUAUUUGUUUGAGAGUAUAUCUUUAUAUUUGCUACUAUUUGCAUGGCCACUGUUUCAAAUAUUCUACAGAAAAUAUAAUGUUUAGGGACUGGUCACUUGAGGGGGGUAGGACACUAUCAUAUUUUGCUGCUGCUGCCAUUUAUUCAUGGACACCCCCACCCUGCACCCAAAAAUGACCAGUCCCUGAAGGAUUGUGAAUUCUUCUGUACGUUACUUGUUUUUUUUUGCAAAUAUAUGUUAGUUACUAUUUAUGAUCAUGUGCACAAUUUCUUCACUGCAGUGAAAACCUGUUAUUCUGGACUCGACUUUUCCCAAAAUAAUUACUGUAUUCUACAUAAUAAGCGCCCCGCUCUAAUAAGUGCCCACAGCGAUAUUUGCUAAUAUAUUGGCUAGUGAACAAUCUCAAUUAGCACCCCUUCCUAUUGAUCGAUGUACACAAAACUUAUUUAUUCGUGUAUAAUAC